AAAGGGCGGGUGGUGCAAGUGAUGCUGGAGAAGCCAUUAAACCUGCAGAUGGACCUUUGCAGAGGAGAAAAAGAAUAUCCACUCUGCCUAACUUGGCAAAACCCAGAGUUACGGUGCUAGCUGCACAACGGUCAGUAUCAAAGCCUGCUCAAAAACAAGUACCUCAGUCUGUCAGUGGCAACACUUCACGGAAGGAAUCCUCUGCAUCAGAUAAGACCAACAGUGAAAGCUCUCCAAAGUCUUCCAAUCUGCCUGAAAAGAAAACACCUGUCCCACAAGUGCCACAGUUUUCCCCACUUAAAAAAUCACGAAGCAAAGAGCCAAAUGCCAGUAUAAUUGCUCAUAAAAAUGAUGAAACUCUACAGAAGAGCACGCUCUCCCCUCUCAAGGAGAGACCUACCCAGGGAAGAUCAAAAGAAGAUGAAAUGUUGCAUGCAAAAUCUACUCCAGCAAAAGAAAAGGAGAGGUGCUCAGAUCGUGAAAGAAUCCUUAAAGCCCAGAAGCUGAGAGAGAUGCUCAAAGAAGAGCUGAGGAAAGAAAAACUGAAACACGGGAAAUCCAGACAGAAGGUGGUUGAAGGUUUCACUGCAGCAGAUCGUUCCAAAAUGACCAUGAGAGACUUGAUAUACUUCCUGCCACAGAACAAUCCCAUGAAGUCUUCACUAAUAGAUGAAAAAACUUCUGCGUCAAGCCAAAUGAAAGAAUCAGAAGAGAAGAGUGCUCCUGUUCAUGAAGAUGAAGAGGAAAUUGCUCAGGCAGAGGAUGAGGAGGAGAAUCACGAUGAUCAGCUUCUAGUUCCUCGAGUGAAAGUGGCAGAAGAUGGCUCAAUUAUUCUGGAUGAAGAAAGUUUAACAGUGGAAGUUUUAAGGACUAAAGGGCCAAGUGUAGUAGAAGACAAUGAUCCUAUUUUUGAGCGUGGCUCUACAACUACCUAUUCCAGUUUUAGGAAAAGCAUUUACACCAAGCCAUGGUCAAAUAAAGAAACUGAUAUGUUCUUCCUGGCCAUCAGCAUGGUAGGAACAGACUUCUCCCUGAUUGGUCAGCUGUUUCCUCAUAGAGCAAGAUCAGAAAUUAAGAACAAGUUUAAACGUGAGGAAAAAACAAAUGGAUGGAGGAUAGACAAAGCCUUCAAGGAAAAGCAGCCAUUUGACUUUGAAUUCUUUGCACAGCUGCUUGGGAAAGUUCUAGCAGAUGAGGAAAAGAGGAAACAAAAGGUGAUUAGAAGUCAAAGAUCAAAAGAAAAGAAGCCACAAAAAGCUCGGAAAAAGCAAAAAGUAGCUCACGCUGAGAAUGAAAAAGCUGCUAAUGAUCAAGAUCAUGAGGAUGUCGAAAUUUCUGAUGCAGAAACCGAAGUGGAUGCUGUGACAGCUGAGAAGGAGAAUGAAGAAUCUUUGAAUGUUUCUGAACCAGCAGAAGAACAGCUCCUGUCAGAGCCAGGGGUAACCAAAAAGAAAAGAAAGCGAAAGAAAAAAAAUUCUGAAAAGGAACUUCAGAAUCUUGCUGAUGCAGAAACAGGAGUUGAUGCUGUGACAGCUGAGAGAGACAAUGAAGAAACUGUAAAUAUUUCUGAACCAGUGGAUGAACAGAUUGCAUCCGGGCUAGUGGUACCAAAAAAGAAAAGAAAGCGGAAGAAGAAAAAUCUUGAAAAGGAACUUGAGAAUCUUUCUGAUGUGGAAACAGGAGUUGAUCCUUUGAUAGCUGAAAAAGAGAAUGAGGAUUCUUUGAAUCCUUCUGAGCUGACAGAAGAACAGAUCACAUCGGAGGCUAUGGUAAAAAGAAAACAAAAGAAGAAGAAUUCUGAUCAGGGCAUGGAGACUCUUGCGAAAGAGACAGCAGUUAUUUUGAAACCAGCUAAGGGAGAAAAAUCCAGCGGGAAACAAAAAAAUACAUCUGGCACAAACAGUGAUGAUUCUACUGAAUGCAGGGAGGAACUGGGUAUUCAUAAUGAAGAAAUGCUCUGUGAGACUCCUGUUCAAGUGGAGCAAGUCUUAGAUUCCUCCUUACAACUGAAUGAUGAAACUGAGGAAGAUAGUGAUUUUGAUUUACACAGCUUUCAAGGUAGUAGUAGUGUGUUAAUAGAAGCAGAACCUGUUGAACCAGAAAUCACCAGUGAGUCACAGGAAUGGCAGCUUUCAAAAUCUCAAGUUUUGGUUAACAGAAACCAAGGAAGCAGUGAUCAAACCACUAAAUCAAAGAACAAUGAAGUAUCUGAUUUAUGUGAGCCAGGUGCAGCAGGAAGAGGCCGUGAUACAAAGUCCGAAACAACGGAAUCUGAAAAAGCUGUUGCUGGGAAAUCAGCAGUGAGAGGACGUUUGCAGAGACCUAAGCCCAACUUAGCAAGAGCAUCUGGAAAGAGAGAAGGAGCAGUGCAAGAAAAAUCAGAGGUCAGGGCUCCCCCUCCAGAGCUUACGGAAGGAGCAAAAAAGGAUUCUGUGGACAAUGGUGAAGGCAAGAUGUUGGAAGUUGCCAGAGAUGAAACCACAGGAAGAGAAAACAAAGACUCGGAGACUGAAUCUCAAGAGACUGACAAAGUUGUUACUGAAAGGACAGCAGUGAGAGGGCGUCAGCAGAGAUUUAAACCUAACCUAGUAGGAGCUUCUGGAAAGAAGAAUGAGCCUCUUCGGGCAGAAAGAGAAGAUAAAACUCUUCAUUCAGAGGUUGAGGGAAAAACAGAAGAAAAGAAUAGUAACCAAGGUAACAAAUCUGAUGUUCCCAGAGUGGAAACAACAAAGAAAGAUGAUAGAGUCUCAGGGACUGAAUCUCGGUCUGAUGAAACAGCUCAAUCACAAGAAGAUGGCAAACAGAGUGUACUCAAACCAGCACCACUAAUGAGGAGUCGAAUGCAGAGGCCAAAACCAAAUGUAGAGCGGGCAGCUGUGAGACAGGGAACAGUGAUACUGCAAACAAAUCUUGGAAAGUUAAAAACUGAUUGUGGCGAAGCAGUGCAGAAAGAUUUGAUACAUUGCGAAGACAAAACAGGUGGUUCACUUCUCACUGCAUCUGAUGCCACCCAGGCACACUUGGAAGUAUUAGAGAAGGAAGCUGCUGCAAAUCCUGAGAAGUUGGCUUCCACACAUGAAAACCUGCAUUCCCUGAAAGAGUCCUUAGAAUCUGAGAGCUGUGAACAAGUAAAAAGAAUUCCUGGAGGUGAUUUGAAAAAUGGUUCCGAUUCUGAUGCAGGAGAUUCAGGUUCUCAAAAACAAGAAAGAAAAGAUAAGCCAGCACAACUAUUAAGGGGUCGAUUUCGAAGGCCAAAGCCCAAUUUAGGAAGGUCAGCUGGAAAAAAGGAAGUGUCAGGAGCAGAUACAUCUUUAUCUGAUGACAACACUGAUAAAGAAGAAAAAAGUUUGCAGUCUGACUGUGAAUGCAGCUUGCUUCCUGACCUAGAUAAAACAGCAAAAUGUGAUGUCCUGCCUUUAGGAAAGAAAGACCUUGCUGACUCUCGGGAGGUAUCUGUAAUACCAUUAGUUCAUCAGUCCCCAAAGAAGCUGUCAGGAUCUGAGAGUGAUGAACCCAGCAGAUCUUUUCCACCUGCAGAUAACCAGGAAAUUGCUGCACCUAUUGCUGUAGGGCUUUACAACAAAAAUAUCCCUCAAGAACAAAGUAAACCAAGCUCUCUUCAACCAGCCCAGCUAGUGAGAGGCAGAUUUCAGAGGCCCAGGCCAAAUAUAGGAAGAGGAGUUGGGAGGAAAGAAACACGAGCAAUGGAAAAAAAUGAAUCUGAAGUUGAACAAUCAAUACAGCAUAAACAUGAAUCUGCCAGUAGCUCACUGACCGCAGUAAAGGGUGAAAAUGAAGUCAUACGUUCUGAACUUUCAGAAAAGUUGUUGAGUUGUGAAAAAUGGACAGAACAAGAGGAAUCUCAAGUGCCCAGUAUUUCACAAAAUGUGUCAGAUGAACAAAGCAGUGUUAAAAAAUCCAGUUCUCUAGAAAAUAAACCAGGUGCCAUCAGACCAGCACAGCUUAUGAGGAAUUGGUUCCAGGGGACUAGACCAAGCAUAAGAAGGCUGUCUAGCAAGAAAGGAGAACUAUCAGCGGAAAAAAAUACUGCUCCAGUUGAGAGAGAAGCAGGACAAAUGGAAAUGAGUCUUCUGGAACAUGAGGAUUGUAGUGUUAGUUUUUCUACCAAAGCUGAAGUGGAGACACCGACUGUCCUGGAGGAUUUGUCCAAAAAAGAUGGUCCGGAUUGCAGUGGCAUCACUUCUCCAAAAAAAUUUAUUCGAUCAGAAGAACUUUUUUCCCCUGAGAAAUCAUUGAAAUGCAAUAGUCAGAGAAAUGAAGUGGGCUUUGUGUCAACAGAAGUUGUGGAAAGCCUUCCAGAUAAUUCUGAAGGGUUGAGUGAUAAAUUUACUUCUGAAGAAGAAAGCAAGCCAAGUAAGAGAGAACCUUCACAGUUACGGAGAGGCCAUCUACAGAGGCCUAAGCCAAAUCUAGUGAAAAAAAGUUGGAGAGAAGUGCCUGAUGAGGGAGGAAGCACAAUUGAGGAUAAGUGUGAUGCUGGAAAUGCAGAUGAGGAUCUCAUUCUGUGUGGGAGUAGCAAAUCAGAAAAAUUAAACGUAUUAGUGCAUGGAUCUGCUAAUUUAGCGGAAGCAGUGUCACCUUCAGAGGUUUCAAGAGAAAAUAUUUCUGAGGAAUUGCCCCAUAAAAGAAGCAGGCCAUUCAGAAAAUUCCAGUCCCUGGAGAGAUUGUCAGAGAGUGAAAAUCAAAUAGAACAAGAUGAUUCUCAACCCUCUGCUGCUGAAGAGAAGACUUCAGACAAGCUGACAAGAAGGCAGUGGAGAAGAUCAUCCAAACAAAUAGCCCUGCCGAAACGAAUCUCUGAGCUAAGAGCAGCUACUUCAUUUCCACCUGAAUUUGAGGCGGAUCAUUCUGAAAAGGGGAAAUGGUGUCGGAAGUUCAAACCAAAUGUCACCAGAGGCAGAGGCUCAAAACCUGCUCGCAGCAGGAAAUCUGGGAAAGACCAUAGGAGUUCCAAGGUAACCUUGGUGACUCUCAGGGCUUCACAGGAAGAGGAUGAAGAUGAGGCAGAUGACUUUGAACUGGAUGAUGAAGACGAGUGUUUUGCUCCGGAAGAAGUAAAUAAAGCUCCAGUGUUUGUUCCUGUAGGUCUUCGAUCUCCAAAACCUGUUCCUGUCCAGAUUGAGGAAACCAUGGAAGAGCUUGAAAUUUCUGUGAAUGUUCCAGACGUGCCAUGUGUCACAACUGCUGAAUCUCUGUCUCCUGAUUUAAAUGUACCUGUUCAAGCUGGGAUACAAAGUAGUGAAAAUUUGAAUGCCUUACAAAUUGUGGGAGUGACUACACAUGAAAAUCCGGAGACAGACACAGGGGCUAAUGAUGGAAGCACAGAAGCUGCCAUGACUUUGCUUGCAAUGGGAGAUCCAAUGUUCCAGCUAAAAAUAAGCGCUAAAGGACGGACACAAGUGUUGCCUGAGCAAGAUGAGCUGGAUGUGGCUGGUAGCUUUGUAAAUCAACCUUAUGCAGAGCACAGUGCAGUUCUUAGUGAGCAUUCACUUUCUUCACCUGCUACUAAUAACAAACUGGUUCCACUGGAGGAUGGAAACAAAAUCAUUCUAGAGGACCAGAGCACUGGAACAGGAAUAGGUGGAGAAGAAUAUGCCAAUGAAAAUGCUGGACACAGCAGUGAUCAUUCUGUCCCUAAAGCUUGUAACACAAGAUUGACAAGAUGCCUUUUGCCAAGGCCUAAACCAAAUGUUGGAAUAUUGGAAACAAAUGGGGAUGCUUGUCAGAAAUCUCAGAGUCCAGAAAUAGUUGUGGAGCAAUUGGUGCAAGGUGAAAGUGAGGACGAAACACUAAGUGACAGUGCAGAAGAGGAGGAGGUGGUGGAACUAGAUCAGAAGAUCCGAUCAGGUGAGAAUAGUCCUUCCAGUCCAGAUGAUUCUGCAUCCAGAAGCACAGACCUUGUCAAACAAGGACACAAAGAUGAGAGAACCGAAAAAGAGAUGAGAGAAACUUGGGAAGCUCUGGGAGAGGUAAAAGCUCUCAUCACAUCUCCAAAGGCAGAGUCUUGUCAACCUGGGCUAGGGAAUGAUCCUGGUCAAAGUUUUACACUUGGCUUUCCUGAAGGAACUUCCUGUGAUGCUGAGAACAACUUAUAUGCAGUUGAAUUACUUCAGACUGAGGCAAGUGCUCACAAACUUCAUCAUCAGUGCUUAACCAGCCCAAAGGAGACUUCAGCAGUAAGUGGUUGCAACAAUGAAUAUCAACCAGACCUGGAAGAACAAACAUUUAUUUUAACUUUGGUGGAAAUCCCAACUGACUCUAAAGAAUACAGUGAUGGGUCUGUUUCACUUGAACGUACCUCAGAACCAUUGCUGCCAGCCCCAAUAAUACUCAGUCCAGUCAAUACAGAUGGAGCAAAAACGGUGGGAGAGCAGAGCAUGGGAUCCGUGACACCCAUAGUUGGUGAAGUUGUUGCUCCGUCCUUAGACAACUGUACAGAAAUUGAAGGACCACAAAGAACAUUAACAGAGCCAUUUCUUAAUUUGGAGUCAACAUCUUGGAAAAGGUGUGCUACUGAUACUGAAGAUAAUGUUCCUCCUGCCAAGAGGAGUCUAUCUACUUCAACAGAAGAUAAGCUGGAAUCUUCAGUUAAAUUGAUACAUGCUCCAACAAAAGUUGCUGGAAAACUUUUGGAAAACCUGAGAUCUUCAAAGAAGAAAAAUAUACCUACCUCAACAUCUUUGUCUACAUCUGCAGAUUCGCAACUAGAACAAGGAGGCCAACCUAAAUCUUUGCAGAAUGUAGAAACUUUACCACUUGAAGAUAAAUCAGCAUGCAAAUAUUUAAAUGAAGGGGGAUCUGGAAUACACCCUGAGAUAAAAAUAGGAGCCAGUGAGCAAGGACUAUCUGUGGAGGUUCAUGAACCUGAACAGUCAGGACAUACUGGAACUAUAGCAGCCCCAUCAAAAACCACAUGUGUCAGGCCUGGGCGAAAACCUCUAGGAUUUUUAUCCUUAAUUUGCAAAAAGAGUAGCCCUGACGUUGGAGAAGACAGUAAAGGGAACAAAGAGAAAUUCCAAAAACCUCAAAUACCUGCCUCAAAGCGAAGUCUGAAAAGGUCUGCUCCAUCCACAGAGGACAAGAGGCAGACUCUAGAGCCCUGUUCCCUUCCCUCUACAAGCACAUCAUUUGCUGAAGGAGAGAAUACAGCAGCUGCUGUAGUAAAGACUUCCUGUGAUAAAACGUCUGAGAAGCCAGCUUAUCCUAAAGAGCAGGAGAAAGAAGAGGCACCAACCAGCAUCUCAGAAUAUUUUUUCAGCGAUAUUUUUAUGGAAGUGGAUGAUCCAGAGUAGCAUAGGAAUUUCCAUAAAAUUUUGGGUUAUGAAGCAUGGUACAACAGAAGUUUCGAUAAUUCGCUGAAUUCAGCUUUAUUCUAUCUAUAGGUCUAAUUUUUCUUGCUAGCCAGGUUCUCUCUGGUUAGUAGAAAGAGCCAGUGUGACUUGGGAUUUUUCAAAUUCGUAAGAAAACUAAACCACUAGAUUAGUGUGAUUGGACUGAAACAGACUGGUUGGUAUUUUGAGUCUUAAAGAUAUGCAGGUACUGGGUGCAUGGUUACCUUUCAGAAAAGUGCAAUGUAUAAAUGCCUACCCACAUGACAAUAUCCUUUAAAUCAUAAUGCUGAAGCUUAUGGGGCUACUUAGAUGAAUUCUUAACUUCUUUUGUGAAGUAACUCUUUAGGAGGAGAAAUAAACCUUCUUAUUUCUCGGUAGAUAAAGAAGCAAAUUGUGAAAGUGUAGUACAGCAAGUACAUUGAAAUAUUUAGUAUUGUCAGCUAUUUUUACUGGCAUCUCCAAAUUUAUGUAUUUUUUGUAAUUGAUGAGCUUGCAUGAAUACAAGCUUAAAAAGGCCCUUAUUGAAAAGCCAAAUGUUUAAUCCCUUUAAAUGUAUGUAGAUAAAUACAAAAGGUCCUUUUUAUUUAAUUUAUUCAAAGAAGAAGACCCUCCUACUUCUGAAUGCUAAUUUCCUUGUAAAUUUAAUGUGUAUAGGAUGGAUUCUGCUUUCAUAU